AUGGAGAUGACCACCCUCUGGCAGGAGGUUGACCUCAGUGUCAAUGAAAAGUGGGAGUGCUCCGGCGAGAUCAUACGGUACAAGCGAUGCCUUGAGAAUGAGAGGGUGUUCGAAUUUUUGGCAGGUCUCAAUCGCGACCUGGAUAAUGGCCCUCUUGCAUCAGAGGGCAACUCCCUGCUGUUCAAAACAUCCAUCAGGGUGCUGUGCAACGCCAACACCUCUGAAGGGUUCAACCCCCAGAAAGACGUGAGCCUCCCCGAGAUCUAUCUCUACGACGGCAACGUCUCCCCCAAGCUCCUCUCCCUGCCCCCUGCCCACUUCCCCCGCCCCCUACUGGCUUUCUUCGCCGGCGGCCUCCAUGGCCCCAUCCGCCCCAUCCUCCUCCACCACUGGAAAGGCUGCGACCCGGACAUCCCCUUCUUCGAGUACCUUCCCCCGGGCUUCGACUACUACUCCUUCAUGCUCCGAUCCAAGUUCUGCCUUUGCCCCAGUGGCCACGAGGUCGCUAGCCCCCGCUUGGUGGAGGCCAUCUACGCCGAGUGCAUUCCCGUGAUUCUGUCGGACCACUACGUGCUGCCCUUCAGCGACGUGCUGUGCUGGGAAGAGUUCUUGGUCAGGGUUGAGAUUGCAGAGAUCCCCAGACUCAAGGAGGUGCUGAAGGGGAUUCCAAAGGAGAAGUACUGGAGGUUGAAGGUGGGCGUGAGAGCCGUGAGGAGACACUUCGAGCUUAACCAGCCGCCCAAGAGGUUUGAUAUGUUUCAUAUGAUUUUGCAUUCUAUAUGGCUCCGCCGAAUCAAUUUGAAUCUUUAA